AUGUCGUUUACAGGGAAGGAGAGUAGUCCAGUUACUCCAUUGAAGAAGCGACGAGCUAGCUGGUCUGAGCUUUGGCUCAACCACCACAACCACCACUCACUCGAUUUCUCCUCAAAGCUCCAACCUUUGACCCCUCCAAUCCCCAAAUCCAAAACCCUAUUCCUCCCCGACCUCACCCUCCUCUUACCCGACCUCACUCUCCUCUCCAUCAUCACCAAAGUCCCUUCACCCCACCGAAAGACUCUCUCUUUGGUCUGCAAACGAUGGCUCAGACUCCACGGCGGCCUCGUGCGGUUCCUUAAGGUCUCCGAUUGGGAGUUCCUCGCGUCUGGUCGGCUUGUCUGGAGGUUUCCUAAUCUAGACAGCGUUGAUUUAGUUAGCGCGUGUUUUGUCUCCCCAGGUGUUUUAGUUAGAGGGUCUUACCAGAGUCUGAGCUUCUUUGAGGAGAGUCUCUUGUCCGUUGAAACGGUUGAUGAAGGGCUGAGAACGCUCGCAUCCGCCUGCUCAAACCUCCGGAGACUCGCGGUGGCGAACUCUAGCGAGCUGGGUUUGCUGAGUGUUGCCGAAGCGUGUUGCACGUUGCAAGAGCUCGAGCUGCAUAAGUGUUCAGACACUGUUCUGCUUGGAGUUGGUGCGUUUGAGAAUCUCCAGAUCUUGAGAUUGGUGGUUGGGGACGUGGACGGUUUGAUGUUGGUUUCGGAUAUUGGUCUUAUGAUUCUUGCUCAAGGGUGCAAGAGGCUGGUGAGGCUUGAGCUCGUUGGGUGCGGAGGAGGGUUCAACGGGGUUAAAGAGAUAGGAGAGUGUUGUCAGAUGCUUGAGGAGCUUACGGUUUGUGAUCAUAAGAUGGAGCCGGGCUGGCUCGCGGGGAUUGGGUAUUGUGAGAAUCUCAAGACGCUGAGACUCGUGUCUUGUAAAAAGAUUGAUCUUGGUCUUGGUUUAGGUGAGGGUUUGAGUAGGUCUUGUCCUGCGUUAGAGAGGUUGCACUUGGAGAAGUGUCAGUUAAGAGAUAAGGAUACGGUGAAGGCUUUGUUUAAGGUGUGUGAAGCGGCGAGAGAGAUUGUUUUCAAAGACUGUUGGGGGUUGGAUAAUGAUGUCUUCAGCUUAGCAAUGGCCUUUGGGAGAGUGAAGCUUUUGUAUGUAGAAGGGUGCUCGCUGCUAACAACAUCAGGUCUAGAGUCGGUGAUUCUACAGUGGCACGAGCUCGAGCAUCUGAAAGUGGUUUCUUGCAAGAACGUAAAAGAUUCAGAGAUAUCUCCGUUGAUGUCAGCUUUGUUCUCGGACUUGGUAGAGUUGCAGUGGAGACCAGACACCAGAUCGCAUCUCUUUUCAAGCCUUGCAGGUGCUGGUAUUGGGGGAAAAGGCGCAAAGUUUUUCAAGAAAACAUAGAAAGUAGUAGUUGUUGUAUUACGAAUAGCUGAAACUAGCUAGUUAGCUCACUACAGUUCUUUUUGAAACUUUAUUUUAGGUUCUUGUUUUUUUUGUUUCUUUCUUCCUUGUUUGAACAAAGUUGUAGCAGUUUAUAAUCAGAGAUUCAUGAACUCGUGUUUUUACCUUACUUUUCAUUUGAAAAGAGUUUCCCUUUGUUUGA